UUUGUGCCUCAGGGUCGGCGGGGAGGUGGGCGAUCCUCAGCCUCGCUCCAUGGCGAACGCCAGCGAGUUUGCAAGCAGCAGCAGCAGCAGCCCGCACUUGCCCGGCCCCGGCGGCCUACUCAGCGCCUCGGGCCUCAAGCUGACCACGCUGGGCUUGAUCCUGUGCCUCAGCCUGGCGGGCAACGGGCUCUUCGCGUGGCUCAUCCUCAAGGAGCGGCCGCUGCACCGCGCGCCCUACUACCUGCUGCUGGACCUGUGCCUGGCCGACGGGCUGCGCUCGCUGGCCUGCUUCCCCUUCGUCAUGCUGUCGGUGCACAGCGGCGCGGGCGCCUGGCCGCACGGCGCGCUCAGCUGCAAGGUGCUGGCCUUCCUGGCCGUGCUCUUCUGCUUCCACGCCGCCUUCCUGCUCUUCUGCGUGGGCGUGACGCGCUACAUGGCCAUCGCGCACCACCGCUUCUACGCCAAGCGCAUGACGGGCUGGACCUGCCUGGCGGUGGUGUGCAUGGUGUGGACCCUCUCCAUGGCCAUGGCCUUCCCGCCCGUCUUCGACGUGGGCACCUACAAGUUCAUCCGCGAGGAAGAGCAGUGCAUCUUCGAGCACCGCUACGUCAAGGCCAACGACACGCUGGGCUUCAUGCUGAUGCUCGCCACCGUCGUCGCCGCCACCCACCUGGUGUACGUCAAGCUCCUCUUCUUCAUCCACAGCCACCGCAAGAUGAAGCCCGCUCAGUUGGUGCCGGCCAUUAGCCAGAACUGGACUUUCCACGGGCCCGGGGCCACCGGCCAGGCGGCCGCCAACUGGACCGCUGGCUUUGGCCGGGGUCCCACUCCUCCCACUUUGGUGGGCAUCCGGCAGAACACCACCCAUAGCCAGAUCAAGAGGCUGCUGGUCUUGGAGGAGUUCAAAACGGAGAAGAGGAUCUGCAAGAUGUUCUACAUGAUCACCCUUCUCUUCCUGCUUCUCUGGUCCCCCUACAUUGUGGCCUGUUACCUGCGGGUCUUCAUCAAGGCUAGCGCCAUCCCCCAAGUCUACUUGACCACUUCUGUCUGGAUGACCUUUGCCCAGGCAGGGGUCAACCCCAUCCUGUGCUUCAUUUUCAACAAGGAGCUCAGAGUCUGUUUCAGAGCUCAUUUCCUCUGCUGCCAAAGCAUACAAAAUACUCAAGGCACCAUUCUGUGUGAUCUGAAGAAUUUUGGGAUGUAGUUUUAUCUUUCCAAUUGAAAAUAGUACUCUCUAUGCGGUUUUUUUUUUUUUUUGGUAUAUGCACUUGAGAAAUUGUUAUCUAAGGAGACACCUUGACUUUUCCCCACACCCUUAGGUUUUAAGAUAUUUAUUUAUUUAUGUGUUAGGGGGAUUUGGGGGGGGGGGAGGGGAGGGGAGGAAAUUUGGGGAAGUAACACAGGGCUCCAACUUUCUUGGCUGCUUCUAACAUUUCUACAAAUGAUUCUGACAUGGAUAAAAAGGCCAUAAUUUUGUGUUGUUUUUUUUAAGACCCUACUGGUUUUGAUAAAGGCUAAGCGAUUUUAUUCAUGUAAGAUUUGAUAAAAGGCCAAGAUGAAAUUUUAUACUAAAGUGUUAUUUUUGAUGACCUCAAAAUAUUGUAUUACAGUGUUUGUUUUUAAAGGGUGACCAAGAAGGAGAAACUGUACUGUGUUUAGAAGUCGUUUCUUGCUGGGGAGCUUUUGGAUUAAUUUUUAUUUCAGUACUUAAAGCAGUGAAUUUCUAACUUUGCCUGAAAUAGAGAAACGUGAGAUGCUACCCUAACCUACAUCUUCACCUUACUCAAGUUAUUAGGUCGUUUCCUAUUGACCUGAAGAGAAUUAGGUUCACUUGCUUUGACGUAGACUAACUUACAUUUUCUUGUUGCACUGUUCCUUUGAUAGUAUUUCAGAACCCCUUUGGUGGGGCGGGGGGAGAGGAAAUGAUAAUUUAAAAAAGCAAAUUGAUUACAUAUCAACUUAAAAAAAACUGUCAAUAUCAGGUUUUUAAAAUCACACUGACUUUCAUACUUUAUUGGCUUUUUAAAAUGUUAUCUACAAAUACUGGACAAUACUUGUACAUCUUGACUGUUUUAAUAAAAACACUGUUCAAUUCUCGUA